CGAGCCGCUGCGGCGCCGAGGGGGGAUUCUGCCCAGUGCGCGUGCUCGCCCAGCGGCCACCCCUCUCGUAUGUUAGCGUUCGCGGCCUCGCGCACUCCCGCUGGGCCGGCUCAGUCGGGCCCCAGCCAGCGCAGGAGGCGGCGGCGGCUCUGCGAGUGGAGCAUCCGCAGCAGGAGCAGCGGGGGGAGGAGGGCGCAGCAGGGAACAGCCGAGUCCGGGCUGCCGCCUCUCCCCGUCAGAGGGGGCGGGAGAGAGCGGAGGGGGCCGAGGGAAGGGGCGACCGUCACCCCCUCACCCAGCGCCGCCGAGCGACUCCUGCUCUCGGGGGCGGGGGCGAGUCUCCACGGGGCCCCUUCCAGCAGCCCGGUCCCCGCGCCGCGCCCCCAGCCUGGAGGGCGGGCUGGGCCGCUGGGGACCUCGGGGGGCGGUUGUUCUUUCCAGCCUGGUUGUAGCGGGUGUGAAGGCCAGGGGCGUGUGUGGCGGGGACCUCAACUGCGGACCAGAUGGGGGACGUUUGGGCGGGUUGAUUAGCUGCCCUAAGUAGCAUGAAUAAUUUGGGGGGAGGGAGGGCUGCUGUGGAUAGCUAUUGCUGGGGGCAUGGCCGGGAGCCUCUUUCUCGGUGGGUGGGUUAAUUAGUGGCCAGUUUUCUCGGGAUUAUCCCUCUUUUCUCUCCAUUUCCCCCCUGGUUUCCACUGCUUUAGUUGGGUCCCAUAUGUGUAUUUUACACUGUCCCUGGCGGAGAAGGGGAGAAUUUUAAAUUCUCCAUCCCCAACUUUCCAACCAUCACACACAAUCCUGCCCGGGAGGACAGAAGCAGCGGCCAGGUGUUGGUGAUUCCAGACUCAGACAGUUAGGGGUUCAGUUCUGAGGAAGCAGAGACGCGAGGGGCUUAUUGGAUUGAAUCUAUUUUUUUGCGCAGGCUGCCACAGCUCUACAUCAAUAUCUUCACUUCUCUUCCCCACCCUCCUCUCCCCCGAGGGGGGGAGGAGCUGGGAAUCACUUUUAAUAUCCCCCACCCCUUCCCCAACAUACCUUGGUCCCUGGGGGCACAAGCCAGGCAUCACCCAUUGUAGUACCAGGAGAACAUAAUCCUCAUCGCUCCUUUCCUGGCUUUGGGGGCUCCAGCAGGACACUGCUCCCUCCCCUGGAGUGCAGAUCAGAGAGGCCCUGAGAGGACUUCAUUAGCACCCUCUUCUCAGGGGGCACCAAGGAAAGAAAGGUACUAGCAAGCCUUCACCUCACUGAGAGAGCCAGGACUGAAGUACCAGUUAUUGGGGGCACUGAAAGAAGCACCCAUCUUUGACAAUCCUUCAUCUCCUACCCCCUACUCACCAAACCUCUGAGUUCCAUUAAAAGGAGAUCCCGGAGGUUGCAAGACUAGUAAAACAAGAUGUGCAGCUCAGUUGCUCCCAGGCUGUGGUUCUUAACAGAUCGUCGUAUCAGGGAAGACUACCCACAACAGGAGAUCCUGAGGGCGCUCAAGGCCAAGUGCUGUGAAGAGGAACUAGACUUUCGGGCCUUGGUGAUGGAUGAAGUGGUACUGACCAUUGAGCAUGGAAACUUGGGUCUCCGGGUGAAUGGGGAGCUCAUUACUGCCUAUCCACAGGUGGUGGUUGUACGUGUGCCAACACCCUGGGUCCAGAGCGACAGUGACAUCACGGUCCUUCGCCACUUGGAGAAGAUGGGCUGCCGGUUGAUGAAUCGGCCCCAAGCCAUCCUCAACUGCGUCAACAAGUUCUGGACCUUCCAGGAGCUGGCUGGUCAUGGUGUGCCUCUUCCAGACACCUUCUCCUAUGGUGGUCAUGAGAACUUUGCCAAAAUGAUUGAUGAAGCGGAGGUGCUGGAGUUUCCCAUGGUGGUGAAGAACACACGGGGUCAUCGAGGCAAAGCUGUAUUCCUGGCACGAGAUAAGCACCAUUUGGCAGACCUGAGCCAUUUAAUUCGUCAUGAGGCCCCUUACCUGUUCCAGAAAUAUGUCAAGGAGUCCCAUGGCAAGGAUGUUCGUGUCAUCGUGGUAGGCGGCCGCGUGGUGGGGACCAUGCUGCGCUGCUCAACAGAUGGGAGGAUGCAGAGCAACUGCUCACUUGGCGGUGUAGGGAUGAUGUGCUCACUGAGCGAACAAGGCAAGCAGCUGGCAGUCCAGGUGUCAAACAUCCUGGGGAUGGACGUGUGUGGCAUCGACCUACUGAUGAAAGAUGAUGGCUCGUUCUACGUCUGUGAGGCCAAUGCAAAUGUAGGUUUCAUUGCCUUUGACAAGGCUUGUAAUCUAGAUGUAGCUGGUAUCAUAGCGGACUACGCCGCUUCUCUCCUCCCCCCCGGUCGCUUGACGCGGCGCAUGUCCUUGCUCUCUGUGGUGUCCACGGCCAGCGAGACGAGCGAGCCAGAGCUGGGCCCUCCAGCUAGUGCCGCUGUCGACAACAUGAGCGCUAGCUCCAGCUCUGUCGACAGCGACCCUGAGACCACGGAGAGAGAGUUGCUCACCAAGCUCCCGGGGGCUUUAUUCAACAUGAACCAGCUACUAGCCAAUGAGAUCAAACUCCUUGUGGAGUGACGCCGCUGGAAAUGCCUGGCCAGCAACACUCUUGUGCAUUUCUUUUUAAACCAACUUGCAAUGCUGUUUAUCAGAGAAGCUCAGGGAGAUGAAUGGAGUGGGGAGGGAAUUAGUCGAAAGGGUGAGAUUAAAAGGUGCAUGUUCUCCGCUUGCUGCUCUUACUUUUUAAUCCUCCAGAACAUAUGAUUGGCUUCAUUUUUUGGCAGCCAAUCUCUAGUCAGUGAUGCCCAGUUCAAACCCACGUGGGGAUUUUAUUUAUGUGCCGCUGUAGUCCCAAGCUUGUCACAGAACUUGUGUAUUGAUGGGGAAAUAUUACAGCGCAAUUCACGCUUCUGGUUUUGGAAUGCUAUCUUGCAAUUCUCCAAAAGCAUCUGUGAACUCAUGCAGCUGGGAACUCUCUCCUGCCUCUUUAAGAGCUUGAUCUUGUGAAUUGCUUGAGUGCCUUUAGUUUCCAAGAGAGCUGAGGGUGCUCAAGGUCUGAUAUUUCAAAGGUGCUGAGCAGCUGCAGUUCCCACUUACGUAAGUGGGAGCUGUGAAAGUUCAGCAUCUCUUAAAAUCAGCCCGUUGUGACCUUGCAGGAUCUGGCCUUGAGUGAUGGGGCAGGGACAGGAAACUCGAGCUUUCAGUACAAACCUGCGACUUCUGCCAUCUCAGUAUUAACUGGCAUGUGUCCACAAAAAUGUGUCCAUAUUUGUUUAUAAAGCUUUUGAGGGGGGGAUGUUUUUUAAAUUUGUGUUUUUUAUCAUUUUAAAUCCUGGGGCAGGUGUGUAGAGGAAUCAGUCAUGUUCUCAUUCAUGGCAGAAGUGGCACGUUUUAACUAUUUUUGCACGAUUGGAGGAAAUAAACAGCAUUGUAAUGUUCGGUGUACAAAAUAAUGUUUAACCAAUGUGAAAAAGAAUUACACUAGUUUAAAACAAAUGUGCAUUGACUUGUAUUUGUUAGUGUUUUAGUCUUUUUGAGAGAGAGAUGCUAUGUUAAUGUUCCAUUUUUUUAAUACAUGCUAGUCCAACACACCCUUCUCUAUGCCUGCAUCUUUAACAGUGGCCAAAGUGAGAACACCACAAACUAUUUAACAAAACACUGACUUGAAGCCUGUAAAUCAUUCUUUUAUUUUUGUCAUUUUUCCCCUGGGAAACGUGGUAGGGUGUGGAGGAGGGAAAAGGUUGGUUGAAACCUCAGACAUUUAGGAUAAAUCUGAAGUUGGUUCGUUACCACUAUUACUAGGCUUGUAUUUUCCACACUGAAAAUGUCUCAACUCUGAUGUCAGCUGAGCUCCAAAACAUGGAUCCAGGAGAAAAAUACACAGUUCUUGGCUUUGGGAAACUAUGCAGCAGAUUAAAAAAAAAAAAAAAAGGGC